AUGAAUGAUCUAAUGACUAAGUCAUUCCUCAGUUACGUGGACCUCAAGAAACAGGCCAUGAAAGACCUUGAAUCGGAACCCGACCUCGAAAUGGGCAAACUUGACCCUGCUGAUGAACAGAACCUCACCCAAUUUUUCGAACAAGUGACCACAAUCAAGGCUGAUAUGGAAGAGAUCACAAACCUUCUUCUUGAUCUUCAGGACCUGAAUGAAGAAACCAAGUCUACUCACAGUGCUAAAGUUCUUAGAGGGCUAAGAGAUAGAAUUAAUGCUGACAUGGUAGCUAUUCUGAGGAAAGCAAAAGGCAUCAAAGCAAGAUUGGAGUCGCUUGACCGUUCUAAUGUGGCUAAUCGAAAUGUAUCAGUGGAGUACAAGGAAGGUAGCCCUGUUGAUCGAAUGAGGAUUUCGGUGACUAAUGGUUUGAGAGCUAAGCUAAGAGAUAUGACGAAUGAUUUUCAGUCCUUGAGAGAACAGAUUGUUAAAGAGCACAAAGAAGGUCUCAAGAGGAGGUAUUAUAAUGCCACAGGAGAGGAAGCAAGUGAGGAAGUGAUUGAUAAGAUGAUUUUGGAAAGUGGGCAGGUCAAAGUUUUUGAGGGGAAGGCAGAGCUGGCAAUGGAGAAUCAGCAGAGGCAUGAGGCCUUGAAGGACUUGCAGAGAAGCUUGACAGAACUCCAUCAAGUUUUCCUGGACAUGGCAAUGAUGGUUGAAAAGCAAGGGGAACAAAUGGAUGAUAUUGAACAGAAUGUGGCUGAUGCUGGAGCUUACAUUCACGGUGGAACCAAUGCUCUUUUUUCUGCUAAGCAGAUGAAGCAGAGAAGAGGAAGAUGGAUUUGUUGGAUUGGGGCUUUGGUGUUGCUUGUGUUGCUGGAAGGGAUCUUUGGUCUAGGUCCAGGGUUUAGAGAGCUUAAGGGAGCCUUAUAUAUCGCAAUAUGGAGGGUUGGACACGAGGGAUUCUAA